GUCCAUGGAACUCAGUGUGCUAUAGCAAACCAAAUUGUUAUAGAAGUAGUAAGUGAUUGAUCAGUGUGAGCACAUUUUGAAAGAAUGGUGAGGGACAUGAAGGUUAGAGCCUUAUUUGUGACAGUGGUGGUGCUUGUGUUGGCAUCAGAGGAGGUGAUUUUGGAGGCUGAGGGUGCUGGAGAAUGUGGAAGGACCCCUAUAGGGUCUGCAGCAGCAAGCCUAAGUCCAUGCUUGGGUGCUGUUAGCAAUGUGAAGGCAAAGGUUCCUUUGGCAUGUUGUGCCAGAGUUGGUGCUUUGCUCAGGACUGCUCCAAGGUGCCUCUGUGCUGUUCUUCUGUCACCUCUUGCAAAGCAAGCCAAGAUCAACCCUGCCACUGCCAUCACCAUUCCAAAGAGAUGCAACAUCAGGAACCGACCUGCUGGAAAGAAAUGUGGAAGGUACACCCUACCAUGAAAUCAGAACAUUAGAAUAAUAUGAUGUAUGCAGUGUUGACCAGUUUAGAGAGCUAAAUAAGUUCAGUCACAUGGCAUCUUCUACCAGAAGAGUGACCUGUUUCGACUGUGGCAUAAUGUUUUCUGUGUAUUGUUAUUUGUUACAAUCACAUAGUUUGAUGUCUUGUUUGUUAUGAUUAUAUUAAUGAUUACUGUUAUCUACUCCAACUUACCAUUUCUCCCC